AUGAACCUCCGCCACCUCCGCCGCCUGCUAGCGUGGCGCUGCAGCUCAGCCCGUCCCAGCUUCUGGCUCCAGAGCAGCGCCGCAGCGUGCUCCGUCACGCCCCAGCCGCAGAUGACACACCCACACCCGCACCCCAGCAUUGCGCUUAGGCAGCCUGGGCGCCUCGCCGAGCUCUGGCGAGGAAGCGGCGGCCCCCGCUGCGCCGCCGGCCGCACGUGCUGCCUCUCCAGCUUCUCCACCAGGCCCAGCCAGGCCUGCAAGGCGCCCAACUGCGGCAAGGCCCCGAGCUUCAACUUUCCCGGCACCAGGGAGCGCGCGUUCUGCAAGACGCACGCGGCGCCAGGCAUGGUGGACGUGAAGACAGCCCACUGCCAGGCGCCGGGCUGCACCAAGCAGCCCAACUUCAAUGUGAGGGGCGAGGCAAGGGGCCUCUACUGCAAGCCGCACGCUUUGCCCGGCAUGGUGAACGUCAAGAGCCUGCCCUGCCAGGGGCCCGGCUGCACCAAGCAGCCCUGCUUCAACUCCGAGGGCGAAAAGAAGGGCAGAUUCUGCAAAGUGCACGCUUUGCCCGGCAUGGUCAACGUGCUCAAACCCCGCUGCCAGGCGCCUAGCUGCACCAAGCGGCCCAGCUUCAAUAACGAAGGCGAGUCCAGGGGCAUCUGGUGCAAGGCCCACGCGGCGCCAGGCAUGGUGGACGUCACGAGCAGGCGCUGCCACGCGCCCGGCUGCACCAAGCAUCCUGUAUUCAACUUCGAGGGCAAGAACAGGGGGAUCUUCUGCAAGCGGCACGCCGCCGAGGGGAUGGUGGACACAACGAGCAAGCGGUGCCGGGCGCCCGGCUGCACCAAGAGGCCCAGCUUGAAUUUUGAAGGCAUCCCCAAGGGCAUCUUUUGCAAGUCCCACGCUGUCCUCGGCAUGGUGGACGUGGUCAGCCCCCGCUGCCGCGCGGCCAGCUGCGCCAAGCAACCCAGCUUCAAUUUCGUGGGCGCGGCGGCAUUCCUUUACUGCAAGGCGCACGCCGAGCCUGGCAUGGUGAACUUGAGGCGGCCGCAGUGGCGGCGGCCGGGGCCCCCGGCACAGCGCAGGGCGGCCCUACCUCCUGGUGACGUCAUCAGCGCCAGCAGCGACACCGCGCAUGGCGCCCAGACCGGCGGCGGCAGCGAUGCUGCGGGCAGCAGCAGCACACGCAGUUGA